ACCGAAGGGCUGCCUGGCCGGUCCCCAGCUUUCUCCCUGGAGAGCGCAGGCCUUCGCAGCAGGAAGGAACCAGCAUUGUUUACGACUUGGCCAGAGCCCUCCCCAGCUCCCUCCCUUCCCGGCCACGGCCUGGGUGGGGCCGGCCGGCCUGGCCUCCCCCUCUGUGGGGCCACACCAACACCACCUCUCUGGCCCUCUCAGCUCGGCUUACGACCACGUCCGCAAGAUCCGCGUGGCCAUCAAGAAGAUCAGCCCCUUCGAGCACCAGACCUACUGCCAGCGCACGCUGCGGGAAAUCCAGAUCUUGCUGCGCUUCCACCACGAGAACGUCAUCAGCAUCCGAGACAUUCUGCGGGCACCCACCCUGGAUGCCAUGAGGGAUGUCUACAUUGUGCAGGACCUGAUGGAGACAGACCUGUACAAGUUGCUCAAAAGCCAGCAGCUGAGCAACGACCACGUCUGCUACUUCCUCUACCAGAUCCUGCGGGGCCUCAAGUAUAUCCACUCGGCUAACGUGCUCCACCGGGAUUUAAAGCCCUCCAACCUGCUCAUCAACACCACCUGCGACCUUAAGAUCUGCGAUUUUGGCCUGGCCCGGAUCGCCGACCCCGAGCAUGACCACACUGGCUUCCUGACAGAAUACGUGGCCACGCGCUGGUACCGGGCCCCAGAGAUCAUGCUGAACUCCAAGGGCUACACCAAGUCCAUCGAUAUCUGGUCUGUGGGCUGCAUUCUGGCUGAAAUGCUCUCCAACCGGCCCAUCUUCCCCGGCAAGCACUACCUGGACCAGCUCAACCACAUUCUGGGCAUCCUGGGCUCCCCAUCCCCAGAGGACCUGAACUGUAUCAUCAACAUGAAGGCCCGGAACUACCUGCAGUCUCUGCCCUCCAAGACCAAGGUGGCCUGGGCCAAGCUCUUCCCCAAGUCAGACGCCAAAGCCCUUGACCUGCUGGACCGGAUGUUGACCUUUAACCCUAAUAAACGGAUCACAGUAGAAGAAGCCCUGGCUCACCCCUACCUGGAGCAGUACUACGACCCAACGGAUGAGCCAGUGGCCGAGGAACCUUUCACCUUUGACAUGGAGCUGGAUGACCUGCCCAAGGAGCGGCUGAAGGAGCUCAUAUUCCAGGAGACGGCCCGCUUCCAGCCUGGGGUGCUGGAAGCCACCUAACCUGAACAGAUGCCUCCUCUCCCCGGGGCCGGGCCCUGCCUCCUGUCUGCCCCUCCCCUGCUGGACUGUUAGAAAAUGGACACUGUGCCCAGCCCGGACCCCGGCAGCCCACGGCGGGGACAGGGCGGGCCUGGCCAUCUUCCCUUGCUUUGCUCGGGCCUCCGGCUUCAGGCAGGCCCCGGCCCCCUCCCUUCCCCCUCACAGGACCUGUGGCUCAGGUGGCCCCAAAGCAGACUCCCCUCAGCUGCUCUGCCUUCCUCUCCCCCAGCUGUCCCAGUCUCUGGUGGUUCUGGAAUCGAAGGGCUCUGGCUGCCCUGUCACCUCCUGAGGGACGGCCGGGGAUAGGGCACACUGAGUUGGGACUCAGGGCCAGCUGUGCCCCACUCACCUCAUUCAAACCCCGCCCAUUUCCCCUCAAGGA